GGUCGUUUGUUAUUUAUUUUAAAAGGAUAGUACAGGAUGCCAAGUCUCAUUCAAUUUAGAAGUUUCCUAUCGAACGACUUUUUUAAGAACCAGUCCAGAAUUCAAAGCCGCGUGUUAGAAAAUCUUCAUUGCCAACAUGCUGACGCAAGGGCCUACGAAUUCUGCCUGCAUCCCCACGCAAGUCACUUUCUUUCUCUGCACAAGAGUUCGCCACUGCCAAACUCUUUUUCCAUACUCAAGGGUCGCACAUAUUUGUUGAAGGCAGCAAACACAGUAUCCAACAGUGGAGUGAGGAACAUGGAUGGGCAACUACACAUAUUGUUUUUGCCGUUCCCGGGUCUUGGGCACAUGAUACCUAUGAGUGAUAUGGCGAAAGUAUUCAGAGCGAGAGGGGUGAGGGCAACCAUAGUGACCACUCCAAUGAAUGAAGCUACGAUCUGUGGGAGCACAAGGAAAGGCGUUGACUCGGAGUCAGAGUCAGAGAUAGAAAUACGAACCAUAAAAUUCCCCUGUGCGGAGGCUGGCUUGCCGGAGGGAUGCGAAAACACUGAAUCAAUCCCCUCCCCAGCCAUGGUACCCGCCUUCUUCAAGGCAACAACAAUGCUACAAACCCCUUUCGAACACUUGCUCCUUCAUCUUCAACCCCCUCCACAUUGCAUCAUUACCAGUGCUUUCUUCCCUUGGGCAACUCACUCUGCCGCCAAGCUCAACAUCCCAAGGCUCGUCUUUUAUGGCACCGGUGCGUUCCCAUUAUGUGCUUCGGAAUGCGUUCGACUCUACCAGCCUCAGAAGAACGUUUCUUCCGAUUCGGAACCCUUCGUUAUUCCUCAUCUUCCCGGACAGAUCAAAAUGACCCGGAUGGCUUUGCCCGAUUACGCUAAAACCGACGACCCCGACUCUGACUUCGCAAGAUUAGUGGAGGCAAUCAAGGAAUCCGUGGCAACAAGCUUGGGAGUGGUUUUUAACAGCUUUUACGAACUGGAGCAGGUCUACGCAGAUUAUUACAGGGAUAUAUUGGGAAGGGAAGCGUGGUUCAUAGGUCCACUUUCUCUCUGCAACGAAGAGAAAGAUAAAGGCAAGAGAGGAAAGGAAGCUUCAAUCGACCAAGUAGAGAUUUUGAAGUGGCUAGACUCCAAGAAACCCAAUUCUGUGGUUUACGUUUGCUUUGGAAGCAUAGCAAACUUCAGCGAAAGUCAACUGAGAGAAAUAGCGAUUGGAUUGGAGGCAUCGGGGCAACACUUCAUAUGGGUUGUGAGGAGAAGCGACAAGGAGUGGAUUCCUGAGGGGUUUGAGAGAAGAAUGGAAGGAAGGGGAAUGAUUAUAAGGGGUUGGGCCCCACAAGUGUUGAUUCUGGAGCAUGAAGCUGUUGGAGGGUUUGUGACGCACUGCGGAUGGAAUUCAACGCUUGAAGGAGUGGCGGCGGGUGUAGCCAUGGUCACUUGGCCUGUCUCUGCAGAGCAAUUCUAUAAUGAAAAGUUUGUCACUGAAUUGCUUCAAACAGGGGUCCCUGUGGGUGCUCAAAAAUGGGCCAGAUUUGUCGGAGAUAGCAUAAGCAGCCACGCUCUUGAGAAGGCUGUGAUUCGUAUUAUGGUUGGGGAAGAAGCUGAGGGCAUGAGAAUCAGAGCACACAAACUUGCUCGAAUGGCAAGGAUCGCUGUUCAACCCAAUGGCUCCUCUUACUUUCACUUGACUGCUUUGAUACAACACCUUCGCUCUUGUUCCGUCCCAUUCCCAUCAACCUAAAUACUUUCUGUUAAAUGCAAUCCAAUUGUAUUUCUGUAUUACUCAUCAUCGUAUUGUUGUUUGCCAUUUGCCCAAGCAACACUCAACACUGCCAAUUUCUGCAUGUGUUUUACUUUUACUAGUUUCUAUGAGCAACUCAACUCGUCUAAUACAACGCGUCACUAAAA